AUGCAGUCAGAUGUUUCAGUUUUAACCUGCACUCCACAAAACACUCCUCAACGCCUUCCACACUUCAUUCUUGGACUAAAGAAGGAGCCGAAUCACCUCCCUACCUGUGUCGUGGAUGGAUCAGCUGAUGUGAAGAAUGUCUUCCUUUCUCACUUGGGCACCAAGCCAAGCGAUUUCUACUCCUCUUCUCUUCUGCAACCAGAAACACAUAAGGUCCAUUUGGACAGUGUUGAUACCCUGCUACGCAACAAGUCUUACGUGGAACCUCCUUCCAAUCCUGAUAGCGACCUGAAUGAAUUACUCCAAAUCGUAAGCGAGCGAUCAUGUUUCACUGACGAGAAACCUCUAACUGAGUCAACGAAUUCCUUUUGGUUGCCGAAUCCUCCUUCUCCUGCCAUUUCUAUGGUGAAACACGAAGAGUCACUGAAAUCAACUAAGCUUCCGACGGUUGAUCAGAUAAUGAAAUUUCAUUCGAGAAAUGCAUCUACUUCUGCAGGUGUCCUUUUUUCUACCCCAUCAAGCUCGUCGUUGACUGAGCCGCCUUUCGAACACUCUUUACAAUUCCCAUCAUCGGCUUCUUCGGAGAAUUUUGCUUCCUGCGCUGUGACGGCUCCCCAGUCGAUGUUGUCAUCACUAGAUUCUAGUGAAAUUACCUCAAAAUUAAGUUGUAAACCACUUCAACUACCAUCUUCGGUACCUCAUGCUCCUCCGCAAAGCAAAUACGGCAGUGGACCAGCCUCGGUUAGUGUGUCAUGCCAAGUCCCAAGUCAUCAGUGGCGUCCAAUCAUCGCCUCCGACACCCCUGUCACUACACCCACUAAGGAAACCGAGCCGAGUUCACAAAAGUCGCAGCCGCGUUUUAUCCUGCCUAAUACCUCACGACCACCUUUUGAGGUAUCUCUUGCCAAACAGACCCUUCUUGUACCCAUCAACAAUCCCUCCAGUGGUGCCGGGUCCCUCCUGCUCCUCCCUCUCGCUGUGGCAGCAGCUCUGCAGCACCAGAAGCAGCAGCAACAGCAGAUGCCGCCGUCCACUGCACUGCUCACCUCCUUACCCGGCACUGGUGUCUCUGGUACCACGCAGUUCCUACUCAUUCGGGCUGCUGAUGCACCGAAGACUACUCCUGUUGGCAUCAUUCCCUCCAACAAAAAUGACGUCACGCUCCCCAUAGUGACCACAUCAUCCACUAAGCUGGUCAGCAUUCCAAGUAAAUCUGAAACGUUAAGUCCUCGUCUACCCCUUCCUCCAUCAUCAACAAUGGCAUCCACACCAGCGAUAGUUACGUCGGUCAAGCCCUUGGCUCCUGCUGUUCUUCCACCGGCCGUGGAAAUUCUUCCAGCACCGUCGUUCGCCAAACCUGUGACCCCUUCGAAACAUCGUUUUUCCUCCGAGGAAUCCAACACUGUCGUCUCCGCUGUUGUGGCAGCCGUUUCAACGCUAAGACGUCGACACCAGUGCCCCUUCUGCACAAAAAGUUGUGAGAGGAAGGACAACCUUCAGGCGCACAUACGAACUCAUACUGGUGAGCGCCCAUUUCCCUGUCGCUUCUGUCCAAAGGCCUUUCCACAGAAGGAUCACUUGCGAGCGCACAUCCGAACACACACGGGUGAAAAGCCCUAUCGCUGUCCGCAGUGCUCCAAGGCGUUUGCGCAACUAGGCAACCUGCAUCGCCAUGUUAAGACACAUCGACAGUAG